AUGACGAGCAACGCAAAGUCGAGGUGGGCAGACGAUGAGGAGGACGCAGCUCUGGAGGCCAAGCUGAAACGUGAGAAGGAGGAGAAGAAGCGUCACAAGGCAGAAAAGGCGCGUAAGGCCGAGGCCGAGCGAUUGACGCAGCAGGCUAAGGCAACCAACGAUAAUGCUACCGAUCACGAGGGCGACGACACGCGGCCGACAAAACGACGGAAGUUCACUCCAGACACAGAAGGCAGAGCCCCCAAGGUUUCAUCAGACAAUAACGAGAAUGCUGCAAAGUUGUUACGAGUUCCCUACGGUCACUGGGGGAAAUGCCGUAGCGUAGAGAACUAUGAUAAGCUUAACGACAUCGAAGAGGGGACCUAUGGCUGGGUUUCACGGGCCAAGGAAACAAAAAACGGCAAGGUGGUGGCAUUGAAGCGUCUGAAAAUCGAGCCAAGCGAUCGUAACGGAUUGCCAGUGACGGGUCUGAGAGAGAUACAGGUUUUGCGAGACUGCAGCCACCGAAAUAUUGUGGGCUUGGAGGAGGUUGUGGUGGGAGAAGACACCACCAAAAUCGAAAAUAUCUUUCUUGUGCUGGAGUUUGUUGAACAUGACUUGAAGAGCAUAUUAGAGGACAUGCCUGAGCCCUUCCUACUUUCUGAAGUCAAAACGCUACUACUUCAGCUGACGUCAGGCGUCGCCUAUCUUCACGAUAACUGGAUACUCCACCGAGAUCUGAAGACGUCCAAUUUACUGCUGAACAAUAGAGGGCAGCUGAAAAUUGCAGAUUUUGGCAUGGCUCGCUAUGUCGGCGACCCUCCGCCGAAAUUAACACAACUUGUCGUCACGCUGUGGUACCGCUCGCCCGAGCUCCUCCUUGGAACCAGGGCUUACGGUAAGGCCGUGGAUAUGUGGAGUGUAGGCUGUAUCUUUGGAGAGCUUCUCACACGGGAGCCCCUUCUCCAGGGUAUAAAUGAGGUUGACCAAGUCACGAAAAUCUUUGAGCUGUGCGGCGUGCCUACGCAGGAGAGUUGGCCAUCAUUUAGGAGCCUGCCUAAUGCCCGCUCUUUGCGCCUGCCCAAAACGUCACUUGCUACGGGAUCCGUGAUUAGAGCAAAAUUUACGACAUUGACAAAUGCCGGAUGCGCUUUGUUAAACAGCCUGUUGUCCUUGGAUCCCGACUCACGGCCGUCAGCGAAAGAUAUGCUAAAUCAUAAGUACUUUAGGGAAGACCCUAAGCCAAAGAAGGAGGGCAUGUUCCCGACAUUCCCUAGUAAGGCUGGUCAGGAGAGAAGGAGGAGACACGAGCCCAAUGCCCCCAUACGUGGGCAGAAUGCCGUUGAGUUGGGUGAUGUUGACUUUAGCGGCAUCUUCCAGGGGAGGGAUAAAGAAGAGAGAGGAGGCGGCUUCUCUUUACGAAUGGUUUAG